AGCUCAGUGUACUUUCUCUACCUGGUGGAACGCGCACUGCCGCCGUCGUGCUGUGUGGCGACGAAAGAGGACAUUCAGAAAUAUUGUUUUUCUCUUUCGAGUAAUCUGUUGCAUUAAUCAAGCUAUUGUAUCUUCGUGAAACUGACUUUAUUUGGACUAUAUUCAGUGAUCAGACUGUUUGAUAUUUUCCUGUUGUUCUCAUCUAUAUAAGAGAGCGUCUGAUCACCGGUUUCUGAGGCGGAGCAAAACAACACAUGAAGCUUGAGGAAAAUGGCGUCCAGGGCAGCGACGGGGACGAGCGCUCGGCCUCCUUCGUCCCUGCAGGCGACGACCGGGGCGCCAGGAGGGUCUCGGAGCUGCCGCCGACGGCCAUGUUCCCUCUCAGCGUGUCCAGGACGCGGCUCGACAAGGAGGAUUCCACGGAGAGCGACGAGAUGGCGGGGGAGCCGUCGCUGGCGUGUCCCCUGGAGCCGCAGCAUCAGGGGAAAGUCUUACUGAACGCCGAGGUGUCGCUUCCGGUCGACACGGUCUUCGCCCUUCUCUUCCGCCAAGAACAGCUCAUGAUUGACGUCUACGCUGCCAGGAAGACCACAGACGUAACGUGUAGCACGUGGCAAGACCAGGAGGGGGAGCCCAGCACGCGCACAGUUACCUACAAUAUGGCGCUUUCCCUCUCGACUAUUGGAGCAAAAGCAUCUUUCGUCACGGAAACGCAGACUCUGCAGUCAAGUCAGCCAGGACAAGUGUUCGUGGUGGAGACAGAUUCCGUGAACUCCGGGAUCCCCUACGCUGACGCCUUCUCCGUCUUCAACCACUACUGCCUCACCAGGAAGUCGAAUGACAGAACGCACAUUUGCGUCUGGUCGUCUAUCAAAUACAAAAAACAAGUGUGGGGAUUCGUGAGAGGAAUGCUGGAGAAAAACGUGUACGCCGGCGUCGAGGCUCUCCUGGCCGAGAUGGCGUCGCAGCUCUCGGCGGAGGCGAACAAAUCGGUCCAGCAGACGACGAUGCGACGUCGGCGCCGCGGGACGAACGCGAUGGGGCGCCCGAGAGCAGAAGCUCGACCGCAGCCCAAACCUACCGCAGAAACACCUCGCGAGAAGAGUCUUUGGCUAGUGGUGGUAAUUUUGGCGGCCAUGUCUGUCCUGGCUUUGGGCAACAUGUUCCUCUUCGUGAAGCUGUGGCGCCUCGAACAGCAAUCAUUCGAUCAUAAAGCCCCUCUCCUGGACACCCCCGCCGUCAGGUACCUCGGAAUGACGGGGUCGUGGGAGGUCGUGGCGAGAAUCCUGCAGCGCCAGGAGAUCCUGCACGAGGGUCAGGUGGAGCAGUGGAAAGCCACCGUCAACGAAGCUAACCAAAAACUCCUUCAGGUCUACGAUUCCCUGGAGAAGAUGCUGACAAGUGUCCCCGAGCACGUGGAGGCGCUGAAGUCGGCCCUCCUGCAGCACACCGCGAAGGCCACGACGGAGGCGGAAGGAGAGGCGGAUGGGAGGGCGGAAGGGAGGGCGCAAGAGAGAGUGAAGCUCGAUCCCGACGAAGAGGUUGACGGAGGUGCUUCUGCCGAGUCUCAAGAACCUUUCGAGGAUCAGUGAAUCUGGCGAGGCGGCGUUCCCAAAGAGAAUUUUGAUACUGUGCUCAGGGCGCUGCGUCCGGGCGUGUACAAUGCUUUACUGUGAUCAAAAGAAAAUGAAUAAUAAAAAUUAAUAUAAUAAUAAUAAUAACAAUAAUAAU